CUAUAAUGACUUGGAUAAAGUGGACAUAAUUCUAUUAAUAUAGAUUUUGGUAUAAUUGAUUUUUAAUAUAUUUGAAUUGGAGCGUAUUUUGAUGAAUAUAUUUAAAAAAUAUAUUUAUAUUUUAAGCACUCAAUUUACGUAAAAAUUGCAAUUAUUGUUAUAAAAAUAGACAUUUAUCUAAAUAACUCAACCCUAAAAGGCAGCGACUUUCGCAUGGUUUAAAACAUGCUAAACAUCAAACGAAUCCAAAUCCAAAGCCAAAAGAGAGCGAAAUCAAACAAACAAAUCCAUAAAAAUUCAGGAAUGGCAUCCCCAGAAGAGGAAGGAGCAACGGACGACAGUUUUAGAGCCCGAGUAGAGAAGAUAUUCGGAUUUUUAACUUCUUCGUCUUCUUCUUCUUCUUCUCAUUCGCAGCACCAGCCGACGUCGUCUCUUCAAUCAACUCUCUGGUCUCUCACCGACGAUGAGGUCGAGAGAAGACAGUGGAGAAGAUACACGGAUAACUCUGACAGGGACGAAAUUCCGUGUUCUUCGUCCUUCCAUGACCUUAAAAUGUAUCGAAUAAGGAAUGUUCGAUGAGACCUGAAUGACGAUCUCGAUGAGUCCAAUACGGUGCAUAGAGGAGGAGUGAGCUUGGAUGAUGCUAAUGCAUGGAACAUCCGAUCAUCAAUUGGCUUGGACCGUACUCUCGAUGAUGAGGAAGAGGAGGAUGAAGAUGAUAAAGUGGCUUUAGGAAGAGAAAAUGCUGGCGAGCGUCUCCACUCUUAAUUGAACCUUCAUAAUGUGCUUACCAAAAACCGACGUGCUAAUCAUGUGGCAGCCAAAAUUAGGCUGCAGGACGAUGAUGUUGAAGCCCAAAACUUAAUUUCUAAACAGCUUUUUGGUAAACCGUGUCAGGAAAGUGGCACUCAGUUGAGAUCUAUUUUGAAAAGGAAAGACGCCAAUUUAGAAUCCAAGACAAGUAAGCGUGUUAGGUUUGAUCCUAGAUGUACAAUUCUGUUCAAGGAAGAAGCACCUGGAAUUCAAGAUGAUGAUCAUAUCUAUAAUGGCAAUCUAAAUCAUUUGAGGAAUUAUUCUCAGUAUACCUAUUAUAAUUCCUCCAGUGAAGUUGAAGAGGAAUCCAAUACCCAAGUUAGAUAUAGAAAUUCAACACGAUCUGGUUCAGAUGCUUCAGCUUACCUGGCAGCGACUUUAAUCCAAAGGAAUGAAGUCAAGAAGGCGAUGCAAGACGAAGAAGCAGAAGAAGAAAAUGAUGAUAAUCAGUCCUUGCGUCACAGUGGCUUGCCUGUUGGCAUUGCAGCUGGGGAAUCAAAUGCUGGUGUCGUGGAGGAAGAUGAACCAGAAGCAAAUGCCGUCAUCACUAGUGUUGGCUCCCAAAAAGUUGGAGGCAGUUAACCAACAAAGUCAAGUGAUCCUUGAUCUCUCUCUCUGACUCUGACGUUUCAGCAAUUCUAAACGUUCCAUUUCUCUAUUAUAAGCCAGUUGAUUUGAUUUUUCAUUAUUUCGAAAAAUGGGUUAUAGGUAUAAGAAUGUCUUCGGUCCCUUUUAUGGCUCUUUCCUUGCUGCUGGUUAUGAGUUAUGACUUGGCGCAAACAGAUGCACUUCUUGGGCUUUGGUUGUCUUCAGUUUCUAUUUGGAUUUUAAUAAUGGUGAACAUAUUCAGACUUGUGCUUUCCGGAAAUGGAGGUUGUGAUUUGCAGAA